CUGCCAACAAUGCCCCCCACCCAUCCGUACUUAAGGGGAGAGCAGCCCAUGGACCGGGGAGUGGGGGAAAGGAGCCACAGGCCCAGCGACCCCGAGUUCGUGGGAACCCUCCGUGGGCCUGGCCAGCCCCGGGCUCAUUCGUGAGCCUGCCCCGUGCUGGAACCCGGCCCCAGGCGCCCGCCGCCCUCUCCUGCGUCCAGCCCACGUCCACAGCCUUCUCUUCUUCGGCCCCCCCCCCCCCCCCAGCUGCGUGCCGGACGCCCGCCCAAGGGGAUGGAGACAGUGGGGAAGUUUGAGUUCAGCAGGAAGGACCUUAUUGGCCACGGCGCCUUCGCCGUGGUCUUUAAAGGGAGACACAAAGAGAAACAUGAUCUGGAGGUGGCAGUCAAGUGCAUCAACAAGAAAAACCUGGCCAAGUCUCAGACCCUUUUGGGGAAGGAAAUCAAAAUCCUGAAGGAAUUGAAACAUGAAAAUAUUGUGGCCUUGUAUGAUUUCCAGGAGGUGGCCAGCUCUGUGUACCUGGUUAUGGAGUACUGCAAUGGGGGCGACCUUGCUGACUACCUGCACUCCAUGCGGACCCUGAGUGAGGACACCAUCCGGCUCUUCCUCCAGCAGAUAGCAGGCGCCAUGAAGAUGCUGCACAGCAAGGGCAUCAUCCACCGGGACCUGAAGCCCCAGAAUAUCCUCUUGUCCUACUCUGGAGGGCGAAAGUCCAACCCCAACAACAUCCGAGUGAAGAUUGCUGAUUUUGGCUUCGCCCGUUACCUACAGAACAACAUGAUGGCAGCCACGCUCUGCGGAUCUCCCAUGUACAUGGCCCCCGAAGUCAUCAUGUCCCAACAUUAUGAUGCCAAAGCUGAUCUGUGGAGUAUAGGGACAAUCAUCUACCAGUGUCUGACGGGCAAGGCCCCCUUCCAGGCCAGCAGUCCACAGGAUCUACGACUGUUCUAUGAGAAGAAUAAGACACUGUUGCCCAGCAUCCCCAGGGAGACGUCCAGUCCCUUGAGACAGCUGCUUCUGGGCCUUCUUCAGCGGAACCAUAAAGAUCGGAUGGACUUUGAUGAAUUUUUCCAUCACCCUUUCCUGGAUGCAGGCUCCUCCAUCAAGAAAUCUCCCCCAGUGCCCAUGCCCUCAUAUCCCAGCUCAGGCAGUUCUUCCAGCAGCAGCUCUACCUCCCACCUGGCCUCACCUCCUUCCCUUGGGGAGAUGCAGCAGCAGCUGCAGAAGACACUGACCUCCCCAGCACCAGACACUGGAGGCUUCCUCCAGGGCUCCAAGGACUCAGGUGGCAGCAGCAAGAACUCUUCCUGUGACACAGAUGAUUUUGUCAUGGUUCCUGCCCAGUUUCCAACUGACCUGACAGGGGAAGCCGCCGGAGCCAAGGCCCCUCAGGACAGUCUGAUGUACAGUGGGAGCUCCCUGGUAACUUCAGCUGGGCUGGAGAGCCAGGGACGGACGCCGUCUCCCUCACCCCCCUACAGUGGUUCCCCCAGCCCCUCUGGCCGACCAAAUGCUUUCUCCAGUAGCAGGUACGGCCUGUCUGUCCCCAUCCCUGUCCCCACUCAGAUCCAGAACUACAGGAGAAUCGAACAGAACCUCCAGUCCCCCAACCAGUACACUCCGCCACCACCACGGUCCAGCAUGGUUCGGAGGUCCAGCAGUACCAGCCCCCUGGGCUUUAAGACUGGCAUCUCCCCUCCAUUCUUCCCUGAGCAUGGAGCCACCUUUCCCAGGAAGUCUUCUUUGGGAGGUGCCAAGCCGUAUAACCCAUCUCCCCAAGCUGGAGCCAUCCCAGAGCGUCCAGGACAGAGCAGGGUCCCCUCCCCACAAGGCACUGAGAUGUGUGGAGUUGGCAGCAGCGGUGGCAGGGUCUCCAGGCCUGGCACCUCUCUCCCAGAACAUUCUCCCAGGGGGCUGGGCUACCGACUGCAUAGCGCACCCAACCUCUCUGACCUACACCUGGUGAGGCCCAAACUGCCCAAGCCACCCACAGACCCUCUGGUGGCCCCCUUUGCUUACCCCCAGGCCAGUCCUCCCCAACAGCAUUAUGGGUUGCAGCCCUGCCGGACCCUCAGGGCAUCCCCGAAGCUGCCCGACUUCAUGCAGCGGAACCCCCUGCCCCCCAUCAUGGGCUCUCCCACCAAGGCUGUACCUGCUUUUGAGUUCCCCAAGACACCGAGCUCCCAGAACCUGCUCACCCUCCUGGCCCAUCAAGGGGUAGUGGUGACCCCCACACGGAACAGGACUCUGCCUGACCUCCGAGAGAUGGGCCACUUCCAGAGCCCACCCAACCUGGGCUUGAGGCCUGUGGAAGACAUCAAGGGACCCUUUGGCAGGUCCCUCAGCACCGGCCGUCUCACUGACCUGCUCCUCAAAGCUGCGUUUGGGUCCCAGGCCCCUGACACGGGGAGUAGUGAAAGCCUUCAGGAGAAGCCCAUGGAGAUUGCUCCCUCUGCUGGAUAUGGAGGGAACCUGCUCCCUGGGGCUAGGGCUGGUGGCUCCUCCAGUCCCUCUCCUGUCAUAUUCACGGUGGGCUCCCCUCCCAGUGGCACAACCCCACCCCAGAUCCCUCGGACCCGGAUGUUCUCAGGUCCCCGCUGGCUGCCUCUCCUUCACACACAUGCAGAUACCCUCCUGGGCUCCUCUAGCUCCCAGAGCUCGGGGGGCUCCUUCAGUGGUCGCCACCUGAUCCCUGGCAUGGGAGGAGAGGCGGCAGAGGCUUCAGCCAAUCUGCGUUGCUACGGCUUCACCGAUCCCAUCACUGCCAACCUGGAAGGGGCCGUGACCUUCGAGGCCCCCGACCUGCCUGAGGAGACGCUCAUGGAGCAAGAGCACACAGACAUCCUCCGUAGCCUCCGAUUCACGCUGGCCUUCGUCCACUGUGUCAUGGAGAUGGCCGCUGCCAAGGGCAGCACGGGUGAGAUGGGCAGCUCCAUGGCCUCUGAGUACCAACUGCAGGAGAGCAUCGUGGCCGACCAGAUCAGCCUGCUGAGCCGAGAGUGGAGUUAUGCAGAACAGCUGGUGUUAUAUCUAAAGGUGGCUGAGCUGCUCUCCUCUGGCCUGCAGACGGCCAUUGAACAGAUCAAAGCUGGAAAGCUCUGCCUGUCCUCCACAGUCAAGCAAGUCGUGCGGAAACUGAACGAACUUUAUAAGUCCAGUGUAUCAUCCUGCCACUGCCUGAACCUGCAGCUGCAGAAAUUCUUCCUGGAUAAGCAGAAGCUCAUGGACCGAAUCAACAGCAUCACUGCCGAGAAGUUGAUCUUCAACUACGCCGUGCAGAUGGUGCGCUCUGCGGCCCUGGAUGAGAUGUUCCACCACCGUGAGGACUGCGUGCAGCGCUACCACAAGGCCUUGCUGCUCAUGGAGGGCCUCCAGCAGAUCCUCACGGAGCAGGGGGACAUUGAGAACAUCAGCAAAUGCAAGAUGUGCAUUGAGCGGAGACUCUCGGCCCUGCUAUCUGGCAUUUGUGCCUAAGCCCCCCAUGCAGCUCCUCUUGCCCACCCACCAGCCUUUUAUGCUUCACGGAACAGCCAUCCGCCCACUUGUCAACUGUGGGUCAGUUCCUGGCAGCAGUGUGGGCUGCAUCAUGUCUGCACUCUGGGCCAGACAGACUUGUCGGGACAAAGGCUGUUGGAUCUGUCUCCAAGAAUCCACACCCCGGUUUUGGAGCCCUGUGACCUGCCUCUCUCCCAGGAACAGAGCAGAGAAGAUUAGAAGUGACUACAGUCAGUCCCAGCUGACUCAGCCACCCAGAAACAGGGGAGGUGUUUCUCUCCCUGGGGGAGACCAUGGAACUUCCGUCCCCGUUGUCCCUUGUCCUUCGAAGAGAGUCAAGCUGCUACAUAAUUAACUCUUACCAUUUCCAGGGGUCGGGCCCCUCCGAUGCUAUGUCCGUUGCAGGCAGUGGACACUGAGACAGAAGGAGGGAACCCCAAGCAUGAAACCCUGACACCAGGCCAGUCACUUUCCCCACCCUUCUUCCCCUUCCCCUCCCCCCACCCACCCGCCAUGCUUUCUGCCAGUCAAUCACUUUUCCAAGAUGGCUCUGCCCCAACCUGGCCCUCCAGCAGCAAACUAGCAACCUGCAAAUGGCCAGGGCUGGAGCCACCCAGGAUGGGUGGGGAACCAAAAAAGACCGACUUUUCGCCUCAAGAACUUGGAUGAUUUUUGUGUGCUGGAUCUCUUAACGCCAAAAUGUGCAUAUUCUCAGUGGCUUCAUCCUCAACAUGCUCAAAUGAGCCCAAAUGAGAAUGCACGUCAUCUCUUGCUUUUAAUCUGACUUUAGGGGGAAUUUAAAAAUUUUAAAAAAGCCCCUAAGCCAACCCAUGCUAGCUUUGUGAAUCGGAAGGAGCACUUUACACACCAUGGUUGGAGAGGAGGACCUUUGAUCAUGCCUCCCAGGUUCCCUACAACCAUACUGACUGAUAGAAAAAACUGUUGUCUUCUCCCUCUUAUUCCCCUCACACCCCCAGUUACUAUAUUGCACUACGAGCGUGUAUAUAUAUAUAUAUAAAUAUGUGUGUGUGAGUGUGUGUAUGUUGUGUGUAUUUAACGGAACUGUAUCCUGUACUUGUGAUGGAAACAACAGAUGAGCACCACACUGUGCCAGCUUGGGACCUGCCGUUCCAAGAGAAGAGAUACAGUCCUUUUAAUUUAAUGUUCUUUUAAGGACAGACAGUAUGAAUAUAAAGCCUCCAGGCUUUCUAAUUUCAGAACAGACGUUGAAAAAUCUCACACACUUCAGACCUAAAAAAAAAAGUGUUUCUUUUUAAAGAAAAAAAAACUUUAUAUAAAGAGUUUUGGUUUUCUUUCUGUUGUUUGGAAGGGUGGGGUGGGGUUUGGGUGGGGGCUGGGUGUGUGUGGGUGCUUAGUGUGAGGGAAAGCUCAAAUGUUUCUUUUCUGAUGAGACUUUGGAGCCAUGGGUGAAUGACUGGGUGUGUGCUUUGCUUUGUGUGAUGAAUGGUGAGUGUACAUCGGGUGUGAGCUCAGUGGCCUCUCAGGUCUUCUCUGAACACAGGGUCCUGGCAGCAGUAUUGUGUGAGCCCCUGAGGGAGUGACAAACCUAGGGCCGACAGAGGCAUAUAUAUAUGUGUGUGGAGGGAGUGGCGUUAAAGACCACCCCUUUCCCCAAGCAAGCUCUUACUGGGUGACCAGUGACUCCCCAGAUGUGACAGAAUAUGGAUUUUAGUUUGCACAUUCUGUGCCAUUAAAAAACAGUAUAUGCAAGAAACUUCCCUAAAGCCUAUGUUUGGCCCUGACAUUCAAUGAGGGGACCUUCCAGCCCUGCAUCCCAGGAACGAAUUCACUGACUGAGACCUUCUAAUGGGCCCAUCAGCUUCCAUGUCUUUGGCAGCUGCUUAAAAGGGGUUCAGUGGUCAUGGCCGGGGUGUCCUGCCUUCCCCAACCCAUGAAUCCAGUUUCCUGGAGAACCUUCAUCUAGGGCAUAUAGUGGGGGCAUCCCCACAAACCUGAAAGGUAGUGGGGCAUGGCCCCCAGAGUCCCCAACUCAGGUAUAGGGCCCUGUUGUAUGCUUGAGAAGAUAAAGCCAUGUGAGUUGGUCAACCUGGAACCCAUCUCCCACCCCUGCUUCACAUUACUUGAAUGUAUCACGAGUCCCCAUUCAAUAGACUCAUUGCCUUCCCCCACAAGUGGUUUACAAAUUUUCUAUAUAUAUACACAUACAUACAUAUAUGUAUAUGUAAGAUUCGUAUAGGUGUGUGUAUACGUACUCAUGUAUGUGCACACAUAUAUUUUUUCUCAAUACUUGAAACUGUUUGCCACUGCUUGGAAUUAAGAUGGGGGGUGGGGCGCACUAUUUUCUUUGCCAUAAUUUUGGCGAACAUUUUCACCUAAUUGCAUGUAGUGUGUUAAUUAACUUUCCCUGCUGAUCAGUCAGUAAUUUCUUGCUUUGUGGUCCAUCAUGGAAUGCAAACAAACAUCAGCAGGGAAACCUGACACGGGGAUUGUUGCUGGCAUCCUCCACGUUCCAGAGUUGUGUCUGUGGCCACGUUUGUGUGUUACUAGUGUCUUAAUAGGUUUUGAGAGCCCUCAGCCUAACGAUGAAUGCGUAGCUUCAGGAUUGCGUGGAACGGACAUCCGGUUAUUCUUCACGGUAAUUAAUGCCUGAUACGUGUUGGGUUUUUUUUUUAAGGUUCUGUUUGUGUGACACCCUCCCCCCCUUUUUUUUUCUUUAAAUUGUGUAAUAUCAAUUUAAGUAAAUAAACUGAUUUGAAAUUGU